ACCCAAUAUUUUGACCAUCUAUCUUAUUAUAUGAGCAUGUAGAUUGACAAUAAUUCAAUAUAUAAGUUCUUGUUCUUUGAGAAUUUUCAGGCAUAAAAUUUCAAAAAUGAAGAUUGACAAAGUCAGCAAAUGGAAGGGGCUACUUGGGAUAUUAUUUUUUGUCCAAUUAUUAAUUGCAGGAGAUUGUAGAAGGAAAACUGAUGCACCAGCGAAAGGCAAAUCAUCAAAUGCACAACCAACUGCAAAUCCAAAUGGUGGUGUUCGGGUUAAUGCAACUAGUAAUCAAGUUGUGUUGGACAAUGGCAUUGUUCAAGUCACCUUAAAAGUUCCAGAGGGCUACGUCUCCGCAAUACGAUAUGGUGGCAUAGAAAAUAUACUUGAGGUUACGAAUCGAGUAUCUGAUAGAGGAUAUUGGGAUAUAGCAUCAGCUACUACCGGAGACAACGAUGGCUCAGAUGAAAUACGACUUGCAGGAACAAGUUUUAAAAUUAUAAAACAAACUGAGGAUCAGGCAGAGAUUUCAUUUCUCUGUCCGAAGACUUCAUCGCUUCCACUACAAAUAGAUUAUAGGUAUAUAUUGCUUCGUGGUCGCUCUGGAUUCUACUCUUAUGCUAUAUUCGGGCGUGAUAAAGGAAUGGCUCCUAUGGAUGUGGAUCAAAUAAGAACUGUUUAUAAGCUUCACACUGAAAAGUUUCGUUAUAUGGCAGUUUCGGACAAGUUGCAAAGAGAAAUGCCAAUGGUGCGAGACCGUGAGACUGGUCAGCCUUUAGCCUAUAAAGAAGCUGUUCAUUUGACAAAUCCAACCAAUCCAAAAAUAAAAGGACAGGUUGACGACAAGUACCAAUAUGCAUGUGAAGACAAAGAUAACAAGUUACAUGGCUGGGUUUGCACCGAUCCUUCAGUUGGAAUUUGGGUCAUAACACCAAGUGAUGAAUUCCGCAUGGGAGGGCCUCAUAAACAAGAUCUUACAUCUCAUGUUGGCCCAAGCAUGCUUUCUAUGUUUCAUAGUACUCAUUAUACUGGAACCGAGUUGGUAAUGAAGUUCGCAAAUGGUGAGCCAUGGAAAAAGGUAUUUGGACCAUAUUUGGUGCAUUUGAAUUCUGGGAAAGGAGAUCCUCGUGCACUAUGGCAAGAAGCAAAGAAUCAGCUGCAAGAGGAACUUAAGAGCUGGCCUUACGAAUUCCCAGUAUCCGAAGAUUUUCCAAAGGCAAAUCAGCGUGGAUCGGUUGUGGGUAAAUUGCUCGUCAAAGACGGAUCUAAACCACCAGUACCAGCGAAUUUAGGGUGGGUUGGUUUGGCACAACCUGGAGAAGCGGGCUCAUGGCAAAGGGAAAUGAAAGGUUAUCAAUUUUGGGUUCAGACUGAUCGUGAAGGAAAGUUUACGAUACCAAAUGUUCAUGUUGGCAAGUACAACCUUUAUGCAUGGGCUCCAGGGUUCAUAGGAGAUUACAAAUCUGCAUCCGUAAUCGACAUUGCACCAGGGAAGCAAAUUAACUUGGGUGAUCAAGUCUACACACCCCCACGAAGUGGAGAGACACUAUGGGAAAUCGGCUUCCCGGACCGCAGUGCAGCUGAGUUCUUUGUGCCAGACCCAAGUCCAGACCUUGCCAACCCAAUAUUAAAUGAUCAGGAAAACAAGUACAGACAAUAUGGUCUAUGGGAUCGUUACUCAGAGAUUUACCCUAAGCAAGAUCUUACUUACACUAUUGGUGUCAGUAAUCAUACCAAGGAUUGGUUUUACGCUCAGGUGCUAAGGAGGACAGGACCAGAGAUAUAUCAGGCAACCGUAUGGCAGGUUGUAUUCCCCUUAAAGGAUGUUGUGCCCAAUGGUAACUAUACAUUACAAAUCGCGUUAGCAGCUGCAAAUCAAGCUGAACUACAGGUUAUGGUCAACAACCCUGACUCGAAAGUCCUUUUCUCAACAUUGCUAAUAGGAAAGGACAAUGCAAUCGCAAGACAUGGGAUUCACGGAUUGUAUCGACUAUAUAGCGUCGGUAUACCGGGCAAUUUGCUUAAGAGUGGACAAAACACCAUCUUUUUCAGGCAAUCUAGGAAUAAUGAAAAGUUCCGCGGAGUUAUGUAUGAUUAUGUACGUUUAGAAGGGCCUGCAUCUCCUAAGUAAUUGUUGUAAGAAUUUUCAAAGUAUACUGGGAAAAUUGCUUAAGAGUGGACACAAAAUCAUCUUUCUUAUGCAAUAUAAGAAUAUAGCAAAAAGUUCUACGAAAUUAUGUAUGAUUAUAUAUGUAGUUUACAAGGAUCUCCAUCUAGUAAGAAAUCAUUGUAAGAUUUUUCGAAGUAUAUAUAGCAACCCUUUUGGUGUUGUCAUAGUAAUAAGACAUCUCUGUAGUUGCACUUGUAUAUGUUACUAAUUUUGCUCUCCAAAUUUUGUGCCUCUAUA